AUGUUUUCGGUCUAUACAGAUCACGCAUCAUUGCGUACCGCCGUCAAGACUCCCCACUUGUCCCAGCGUAUGGCACGUUGGUUGUCAUACUUCUCAGAGUAUAAUUUCGUGAUCUUUUACAAACCCGGCAAGAACAACAUUCUUGCUGUCGCGCUUUCUCGACGUCCUGAUUAUGAUCCUCGACGUGACAUGGGUCAUCAGCCAGGCAUUGCUGAAGACGAGGACGACGACAUUUGUUUAUGCUGUGCUGAGCAGGGGCUCAAUGCAAUGAUUUCGACACCUGAGCUGUCAAUCCGGACUCAAAUCGCUGAGUCAUAUGCGAACGAUUCAUUCUACACGGGAAUCAUCAAUUAUCUUCGACACCCUAGUGAGGGUUCACUCGCGAAGUUGACGAAACCAACGCGUGACAACAUCAAGCGGUACGCGCUUGAUGGUCCGCUGCUGACUUAUACAAUGGACGUUUUCGACCCACCGCGCGUCGUCAUCCCUGCUGAUGACGACCUCCGCGCACGAUUGGUGCAUGAAUUUCAUGACACUCCAACUUGUGGUCAUUUGGGUCGCGAGAAGACGUUCGCGGCCAUCUCUCGUGUGUUUUUCUGGCCGCGUAUGUACAAAUACAUCCAGAAAUGGGUACGCUCUUGUGAAAUAUGCCAGCGUGUGAAGCCUGCGCCGUCUUCACAAGCUCCAUUGCGUCCGCUUCCGUUUGCCACGGAAGCCUGGCGUUCGGUCAGCAUGGAUUUCAUCUUUGGUCUCCCUCCGGACGAACAGAAACGCACGGGCGUAUUGAUUUUUGUGGAUCGAUUUAGCAAAAUGGUGCAUUUUGCUCCAGUCUCCGCGCACGUUACGGCGGAGACGACCGCGCAGAUCUUCAUCGAUCUCAUAUUUCGACAUCACGGCUUGCCUGAAUCAAUUGUUUCGGACCGCGACCCGCGCUUUACAUCAGCUUUUUGGGCAACGUUGUUUCAACUAUUGGGCACGCGACUGCUUAUGUCUACGACAGCCCAUCCAGAGACGGAUGGGCAAACGGAGCGCGUGAACAGAGUGCUUGAAGAUGUACUACGCAGUUAUGCGACAUCGUUCCAGUCGUGGAGUUCGUUUCUCCCUCUCGCUGAAUUUGCAAUCAACAACGCAAUUCAUGCGUCGACUGGGUUAACGCCAUUUUUCGUGAAUAACGCGAGGCACCCUCGCGUUCCAGCGCUUCUUGCUCUUUCAGCUUCAGCACACCCAGUUUCUCAGCUUGGUGGGGGAGUAUCUCCCGAUGACACUACGCGAAAAAUUUUGAUGAUUGGUAAUGUUGAAGACAAGGUUGCUGCCGAUGCAACUCAUACUGUUAAUUUCGUGGCCAAUGGCAUAUCGAGCCCCAACGCGAUGCAUCCCAUCGCGUCUCCCGUCGCUAAUUUUCCUCCUAAAGAGUCCACUUCUCCUGUAAGUUCGGCUGCUGUGACCGAAUUCCUUUUACUACGGCAAAGUAUCACGCGUUUUGUACGCGAUGCACUCCAAGAAGCAGUGGAUAAACAAAAGGAGAACGCGCACAAGCGAGGUCGAAAGAACUUGCUGACGUUCAAAGAAGGUGACAGAGUCUUACUAUCGACAAGCGGAUUACCAGACACGUCAGUAACGAAUUUGGGCGCUAAUAAAUUAGCGCCAAGAUAUAUUGGGCCCUUUCGGAUUGUUGAAGUCCAUGGAGAUGCUUACACGCUAGACAUACCUACCACUAUGCGUUUGCACCCGACAUUCUAUGUCGGGCGCCUUAAGGCUUACCUGCCGGCGGAUCUCCCUUUGGUCCUUCCUCACUCGUCUGUAUCGGCUCAAAGUCCGACACCCCCUGCCGACGACGCUGACGACGACUGGGACCAAGUCCUAGACGAGCGCGAGCAGACUCGUUCUGCUGGGGUCCACCGAACGCAGCAGUCUCGAGCUGUCGCAGACGCUCCACCAAGCCCUGCUGCUCCCAAGGCCGUUCAUCGCCUCUUCAGUGUCAGCACGAAGGAAAAACAACCCCUCCCUCCGCCGGCAAGGAAACGAACCUCGCCCCUCGGCCGCACAGGCCCCCGAUUAAAAAAAAAGGCGCCCGAUUAUGAGAAUCGGCGCCCAACCCAAGAAGCCUUCCGUCUUGAUGCUCCUCCUCCCUUGGUAGAUGCAUCGGGUGAGCGACGCUGGAUUGUGGACCGUAUCGUCGGUCAUGAAGACCCCACGCCUCUUGCGCCGAGUAGUGGCUCGGCGCCAUCGAAGAGUCGUUCAGAAACGCAUUACAAGGUCCGAUGGUUGGGUUAUUUACCAACGGAAGACACGUGGGAGCCUCGAAGUAUGCUGGCUCACGAUGUUCCUGACGUCGUUGAGGAGUACGAGACCAGUAAGAGGUCGGCGAACGCGACCGACGCUGCUGACUCCUUCCACGAUCCCGCGAACCGUAACGUGCGUGAAUUGGCGAUCGACGACGAUCUCCCGAGCGACUCCGACGUCUUCUACGAGGCUCGGGAGCAUAUGGAUACCUUGACGGUCGAGAGCGACUACGAGAAUGACCUCGGUGGUCGUAAGACAAACGAUCUCGACUACGUGAACGCCUCCAUUGAUCGACAGGGCGUUCCCUCAUGUGACGCAACGCAGAUACCUGGAGCUCUGAGAGGCUCCUCUCAUAGCGUCCGAUCCAUGGUCGGAUGUGCUGGGGCAUUCCCCGUGCACACACCAUGUCGUCCCAUUCCUGCCGCAUUGGUCGCGGUCUCUCCAUGUGACACCGUGGACACCCUUCACGGACAUGGACGUAACACAUGUGGAACCCAUCACGAGUCAAAUGACAUACGCGUCGUCGUAAGUCGCCAAUAG